AUGAAAUUGACAUGUGGUCGUAAUGGCAGGCGAUCCAAGAACAAGGGGGAGACCUUCACACAUCCUCCUCCUAUCACAUCAGCUCUUUCCCCUCUGCCAGCACCUCCCUUCUUGCCUCCCUUCCCCCACCGACACCGGCUAUUUCCUCACGGCCAGCACCUCCCUUCCCCCUCUGACCUUACCUCCCUCCCCCUCUCUCAGCACCUCCCUUCCCCCUCUCGCAGCACCUCCCCCCCUACCCCCUCUCUGACCUUACCUCCUUUUCCCCUCCCUAAGCACCUCUCUUCCCCCCUCUCACAUCGUUGCCUUCCCCCUUGCCAGCACCUCCCUUCCUGCCUCCCUUCCCCCACCGACACCGCCUAUUUCCUCACAGCCAGCACCUCCUUUCCCCCUCUCACAGCAACUCCCUUCCCCCUUUCACAGCACCUCCCUUCCCCCUCUCGCAGCACCUCCCUCGCCCCUCUGACCUUACCUCCCUUUCCCCUCCUUAAGCACCUCUCUUCCCCUCUCUCACAUCGUUGCCUUCCCCCCUGCCAGCACCUCCGUUCCUGCCUCCCUUCCCCCACCGACACCGCCUAUUUCCUCACAACCAGCACCUCCUUUCCCCCUCUCAGAGCAACUCCCUUCCCCCUCUCACAGCACCUCCCUUCCCCCUCUCGCGGCACCUCCCUUCAAACCCUCACAGCACCUCCCUUCCCCCUCUCGCAGCACAUCCCUUCAAACCCUCACAGCACGUCCCUUCCCACCUUGACCUCACACGCCCUUCCCCAUCUGCCUGACAUUAGCUCCCCCGCUCUACUGUCAUAA